UAAUACUGUUAAAGAUUCCCGGAUUUCUUUUUAUUUUGGUUCUCUUCCUCCAUCACCAACCUUCUCUGCAUCGCAUCUUGAACAUCUGCAGCUACCACCGUGCUCAGAGUCUUGGCGAAUGUGAAUUGGAUUUGAACAAAUCUUUCUCUCGUUCAAUUGGUUUUUUUCAUAAUUCAAUUCUUUUUGUGAAUAGCUACGACACAGCAUGCAUUGGUACAAGCUUGCUGCCGGACUUAUGUCCGUCGCUUCCGUCGCAGAGGGUAGACGGAGCUUCCAGCAUGUUGGCAAGCGAGAGCCGACACCGAAGUCUACUCAUCUGGACGGUGAAAGUGCCCUUGAGCACUUCUUGGCUACGCGUCAAGUCCCAGCGGCUAAGUUUGCCAACGCGAAUACUACCAAGUAUGCUGUCAAUGGCACUGGAAUUCCUGACGUCGACUUUGAUGCUGGCGAGUCCUACUCGGGUUAUCUGCCUAUCACAGACAACCCUGACGACACCGACGAGCUGUUCUUUUGGUUCUUUCCUUCCUCUGCCACUAACUUCACAGAGAAGGAGAUCCUUCUGUGGCUCAACGGAGGUCCCGGCUGCUCCUCCUUCGAGGGGUUGAUUCAGGAAAACGGCCCGUUCAUAUGGCAAUACGGUACUCUGAAGCCAGUACCUAACCCUUGGUCCUGGAACCGUCUUACGAACGUGGUCUGGGUAGAGCAGCCCAUCGGCACCGGAUUCUCUCGUGGCAAGGUUACCGCGACUAGCGAAGAAGAUGUAGCCGCACAGUUCCUGGGAUUCUGGAAGAAUUUCAUCGACCUAUUCGAGCUCCAGGGUUACAAGGUUUACAUCGCAGGUGAAUCUUAUGCCGGCGCGUACUGCCCGUACAUUGCGUCUGCCAUGCUGGACAAGAACGACACCGCGUAUUACAACGUGUCGGGUAUGAUGAUCUAUGACCCAGUUCUCGGCGACGGCGUGGUUCAGGACUCAGUCACCACGGUUCCUUUCGUGGACUACCACCACAACCUCAUGUCGUUCAACGAUUCGUUCAGCGCGUACAUCCACGGUCUCCACGACUCCUGCGGUUUUGCUGACUACAACGACAAGUACCUCGUGUACCCGCCUUCAGGUCCCCAGCCUCCGGAUUACUCAGACAGCGUCAGCAGAGAGUGCAGAAACCUAUGGAGCGACGUGCUAAACGAGGCACUAAGCAUCAACCCCUGCUUCGAUGUCUACCAAGUCGCAACCACCUGCCCACUCCUAUGGGACAUCCUCGGCUUCCCGGGAACCAUUGACUACCUACCAGAAGGCGGUUCAAUCUACUUCAACCGCACCGACGUGAAGACCGCAAUCCACGCCGACCUCGACACAACCUGGGAAGCCUGCGCCUCCUCCAACGUCUUCGUAGGCGGCGACUCCUCGGACCCCUCCUCCUGGGUCGUCCUCCCACACGUCAUCGACGCAACCCAAAACGUCAUCAUCGGCCACGGCUCCCUCGACAUGAUCCUCCUACCCAACGGCACCCUCCUCACAAUACAGAACACAACCUGGGGCGGCAAACUCGGCUUCCAAUCCGCGCCCACCGAGCCCUUCUUCGUCCCCUUCCACACCCUCAGCACCGCCGACGACAUCCAGUCCUCCACCGACGAAGUCGCCCUCGGAUCUAUCGCGGCAGCAGGUGUCCUCGGAACCGCACACACCGAACGCGGACUCACCUACGUCUCCGUCGAUCUCUCAGGCCACAUGAUCCCGCAAUACGCGCCCUCCGCCGCGUUCCGCCAGCUAGAGUUCCUGCUCGGCCGCGUCGAUAGUCUGAGCAGUCUGCAGCCGUUCACCACGGAGCCGGACUACCCGCAGCCGCCCGCGAGUUCGCUCGGAAACGGAACGGGUCCCGCGACGUAUUCUUCCGGAAGCGCGAAUAAGAGUUCGGAUGGAAGCGACACGCAGGCUAGCAAGAAGAGUUCGGCUGCGAAGUUGAGGAUUAGAGGGGUGGGCGCGGCGGCUGCGGCGGGGGCUGCUGUGAUGGGUUACUAGGUGUGACCUGCCAGCUACUCGAAGGGUAUACGUGUAUAAUGGAUGGUAUGCCUGUUUUAUAGCCGUGUAGGGUAUCUCCUGAUGGUUAAAUGAGCCGUGCAGUGAGAUGAAAUGAAAUGAAAUUAAUGAAUUAAUUCUAUGCUUUCUUGAAGUGAUAAGUUACUUGUGAUGAGCUCUGGUCAACGCGAACU